CCUGCUCGAUCCUAAGUCACGUGGCGGAGUUGGUUUUUUGUUUUUCUUUCAAUUCCCCUCUUUCUCCCCUCGCGCUGCUGUCACGUGACGCGCCGGCGCAAGUGGAUCGCCGAGCACGAGGACGCGCAGGAGGAGGAGGAGGCGGGAAACGGCGCUCGAGAAAGAGUUCUUUAGAUGUUGGACCUGGCCAUAACUGUCAAUAAGGACGUGGUCUAACUCAGUAAAGUUAAGGACAAGCACAGUGAUAAAAAGAACAAGAGGGAAUGGAGGUCAACACAGCUAAACGACCUAAGUGAACACUUGGAACUUAUUCUAAGUAUUACUGGUGAAAAUAUGGAUGCAACUGAGAUGACACAGGACUUUGAUAGUUCUUUCAAAAAUGGAAAGCCCAGAGAAGCAAAAGUUAUGAAAGAGAUCACCAUAAUGGAAAAGACUUUUGAAACUCUUAACAAUGGUGACAAGGGAAGUGGAGGAGUCUCAAAUCAAGAGUGCCUUCUGAAUCUAACAGAUCUUAAUGGCAUCUUAGAGAAAAACGAUAUUAAACAACAAAAUGGCAUUCUGAAAGCCCCGGGAGUUGAGAUAGCAGGGGAACAUGAGACAUUUCAUAACAGAGGAAGCUGCUCAGAGGAUCACACUGCUGAUAAAGCAUGCAUAUUACAAGAAAGAAGACUGGGAGUUUUGAAUGUUGCUGAAAAAACAUUUGGCAAAACCAAAGUGAAAGGUUGUAUUACUCAAGCUGGUUUUUCUGGACACCUUUUGGAUUCUUGGGAGAAGAGUGUUUGCUCAAGUCCUCCAGUUGCUUCUGAUGCAAAAUGCAACCAGGAAGAAGUAUUCAGUGUUCGCAGCAUUUCACUGAAUGGGCAGGUUGCAGACAAGGCAGCAAAAACAACAUGUUGCAGUGACCACCUUUCAGGGAAUGAACAACGUGAGAAACAAUUAGUUUUUACUGUGGAAGACAUUGUGAAGAAGGUCUCAGAAAAGGAAUCCAUAGCAUCUGAAGAGGAUUUCUCAUGCAGUACUUUAGACUCUGGAGGUUUGUCAGAAUCUUGCCCAAGCAACGUGAAUAGUAUAAAGUCAAAUGUAACACCUUACGUGGUUUUGAAAGACAUCAACCAGAAAAGAAAAGAAAAGCAUGAAUAUUGUUUAAUACAUCCAAAUCUAAAGCAAUUGCUCCAGAAAACGCAAAACAAAAGGAAAGUUGGUAUUUUAAAGAAAUUGAAAGUUUCCCUGUAUGACUUGUUGGAUAAAAGCUGUAUUAAAAAGCGAAGGAAACCCCCCCAAAUACAAAAUGCUGAGGGACAGCUAGAAAAUGAAAAAGUGAACAAGUUGGAAAGCGGCUUGGAGUUCAACAGCUCUACAAAAGUACUACAUUCUGGAGAGUCAGUCCCUGGGGAAACAAAUAAUGGUCAUGACAUUAAAACUGAAAGGAGAGCUAACUCUUUAGAUAUCUCUACCCUUUGUGAUGAGGGUAUUUUUGCAAGGUUUUCUUUUAUGGAAUCAUACCGUGAAAAUUCCAUUAUCCAUUUUAAUGAAAAAGAAAUUGAAAAAAGAAAAGAGAGUUUAGAUUCUGUUAUGAUUUCUGAGACACAGAAGCUAAAGACUACAUUUCUUGAACCAACUGAAAUGUUUAUGAAAUAUGAAUGUGGGAACAAGUUCGUUAAAAAGGCAGAGAGGGAAGGUUCAUGUCACAAAAUAGAAGAGUAUCAAGAUUUGGAAACAUUGUCUUCUAGAAUUUCAGGAGGAACAUCUACCGAUAAUACUACUCAAAAGCUGAUAGCUAACUCUCAUACAGAAAUUUUGCAGGCUGACAAAAUUUACCCUUCUUGUUCAUCUGAAACUUUGUCUAGUGAAACCAAGUUCUCCAAAAUAUCCAGAAACAUGGGUGCUGCUUCUACUUUGCCUGAUACAACUGGUAAUGACAGAGACAUGUGUCAGGCAAACUGUGAAUUUGAUUCUGUCUUUGUUUCAUCACUUUCAGGGGACAAUCUUAAGUUAGACUUGAAUGAUGCGAUUCCUAGUAUAACCAGAAAUGAGAUGUUCAUAGAAAAAAGAAUAGUUCCAUAUUCUAUAAAUGCAUUUCCUGAAGAAGUCCUCAGAGAACAGGUGGAUGUAGAAAAACAGGAAACUAUAAACCAAAGCAAUACCAUGUCUAGGAAUAAGAAUGUGGAUAGUUGCUGGUUUCUUCUGGAAAUUGAAGAAGUCAUAAAUGAGGAUGUUUCUGUGUGUGGCACAGAUGAAGAAAAAAAGUUCAAAGAACUGGAGUAUGGAGAAGUCCUUUUAAAUCAUGGUAUCUGCUUUCCACAGUCAGAGAGCAAAUCAGGUUGUCAGCCAUUUUCAAAUGACAUUGCAGUUAUCAAGCCCAGUGAGAUUGAAAAAAGAACAAUGGCAGGUGAUCACCAAGAGGUCUUUGAUGGAGAAACAAGCAAUGCAGAAGAAAGUGUCAGUCCUCAACCAGCCAAAGAAAAAAGUCCUGUUUGGGAGGAAGAAAGCCUGCAGCCACAUCAAUCUCACGGUGUACAAAUUGUCCUUUACGUAUGUUCUCUUUCUUCCUUCUUACCAUCUUCAUUGCUUUAUGGAUCUGAUUUAGGUAUAGGAAAAUUUGGCAAGGUUUAAGUAAUGAGCUGUAUUGCCCGGGCCCUGGGCUGCUUCAAAUUUAGGGUUGGUACCAAGGAAUCAAUGAGACAGGUUCAAGGUUUACUCACAAAGGAGACGUUUAUUGGCAUAUCUACCGAGUGGAACAGACUGUCAAGGUCCCUUGCAGAGACGUUGAAGUCUGAACCUCGAGCUGGCUGUGCGGGCUCCUUUUAUAAGGAAAAUCUUGGCAAGGCACAGUGGUGACGGAAUACAUUGUUAGCCGCUAUCUUACAUCAAAUCAUCACAUCUUGACAGGGUACAUAAUUGAUUAUGCUAUAUCAACCUAAGCAUCAAAGCCAUUCUAUGAUUAAUAGAGUUUAUGCUACUUUACUAUCUUUGAAGUAUCACAGUCUCUUGAUCUAGGAUGUCAAGGCACUUGAUGGAUUACCCUGUCUACGUGCGAGGACACUGUUCUGGUGUAAACAGGUCCUCUUGACCUGUCUAUGCCACCCUGUUCUUGGCACAUGCGCUACUGUUCCUUGACACGUGCAGCUCAUUAGAGCUAUCUAGACCACCUUCAAGGCUACUGUACAUCAAAUGGUCCUUUCCCUCCCCAUCAGCCUCUUAGAUAAGACAGAUGGGUGUAGGUUCGGUACUUAUUGACCGUUACUUGACCCAAUCUCUAACAAGCCGAACUUCUUGCAGGUGCUUAAAGUUGAGAAAAACAACAUUAUAAGCUCUCACUUGCAAAUCUUAACCUCUUAAAGGCAAGUCUACAUAAAAAUAGCCAUACAUAUGCAUUGCAACAAUUACACGAACACCCCAUGGACUACAUGGGCCUAAUUUCAGUGUAAAAUUGGACCUCUACUGUAGGUUUUAUGAUCUUCUCUCUCACAUUACAGUAUUUGUGAGAUCAUGAACAGAGGGCAGUUUAGGGAUCUUGCUGGUGUACCGCCCACCCCGCUGCACGGCAGAUUCCCUGGCCGAGGUGCUAGAGAUGGUCUCGGCUGUACGGGCAUUGUCCCCAGAGCUGUUAGUUCUGGGUGACUUUAACUUGCAUGCCGAGGCCGCUCUCAUAGGAGCCCCUCGGGAUUUCCUGGAAACCAUGGCUUCCUGGGAACUGUACCUAAGUAAUACUGGGCCCACCCAUGUAGCCGGUCAUGCUCUCGACCUAGUAUUUGUCCUGGGAGAGGAGAGAAGUGGUCUGAAGUUGGGAGUGAUUCUUGCCACUCCUGUGUCAUGGUCAGCCCACUACCUGGUAAAUAUGGACUUCUCGUUGCCAUGCCCCCUCCGCAGGGGUGAAGGACCUAUUAAAAUGGUCCGCCCCAGACGCCUGAUGGAUCCGGAUGGAUUCCUGACUGUGCUUGGGGAAUUGGAACCUGCUGAAGGUCGCCUGGUCGAAACCCUGGUGAAGGAGUGGAACGUGGGGAUCAUCAGGGCAUUAGACCGGGUGGCUCCGAAACGUCCUCUCCCCCUGAAUAGAACUCAGCUAGCACCAUAGUAUACACCGUGGUUGCGUAGUCUGAGACAGGAGGUGAGACGACUAGAGCGCCGGUGGCGGAAAUCCCGCUCCGAAGAUGUCCGGACACAGGUUAGAGCAGCAGUAGCUGCCUACCAAGUGGCAAUAAAGGUAGGAAAGAAGGCUUUCUUUGCUGCCUCUAUUGUGUCUGCGGAG